GCAGAAAUGUAGGAUCGAUACAGACCCUCAAUCGAUGGGGAUCGAUAUGAACUGGUUUAUACUGACCAAUCACAGCGUAGAAGGCGGGACCUUGGUAGCCAAUCACAGGUCGUGCAGGCUUAGCCGGAAUACGGGUGGGGAAAAUACAAGGGAGCACCCUGAAUGCGGUGUGAAUAACAGCAGGCCUGCGACGUCCAAUCAGGCUGCAGCGCGUGCUCGGGUCUCGCUCCGGGCACGGCGCCUGCGCUCUCUGCGCCUGUAGAAAACAGUGAGCGCGCGCGUGCACCGCUGGAGCUACGUACAGGAGGAGGUGAACGGGAGGAAUGGCAGGCCGGUGCUGCGCGUUUACGGGUGAAUAGCUGUUUUUACACGGCGGUGUUUCGUCUUUAUGGGCUGCUGUAGGCAGACACGGGUCUGUUCUCCGCCGGUUUAACCUUGGGGGUCUUAUUGAUGAUUUCUUCCCCGGAUAUCGAUCCGAACGUCGCGUCUCCUCCGCGGAGGAGAAGGAUGCUGUCAGCGCGCGAGACCAGGCUCUGGAAACCCACCCGCUCCCGCUGUGAUUUACUGAAGCUCUGUUUAUCUGGAGUGAAGAGCUGUAGCUGUUUUUAACCUGCGGUCAUGGAGAGCACGAGGACACAGGUGGUGAUGGACAGGGCUGCGCUGACGCGGCAGGUGGAGAGCGUGGAGAGGAGCAUCGUUUUCCUGCGGCAGGAGCAGUUAACCCUGCUGCAUGGCUUACACCUGGAGAUCCUGUCCCUGCAGAAACGCUGCACAGAACUGACCCGAGAACUGAAUGUGAAACCUCCGGGCAAGAGUGAAGCAGAUGUUUUAGAGGAAGAGGAGCAGCUGGAGGCACGAUGCCGGGAUGUGGAGGGCAGGCUGCAGGAGCAGGAGCAGUCUCAGUGCGAGAUCAGGACAGAGCUGGGUCACAAGGGGGUGAUGGUGGGAGCGCUGCGGGCCAGCCUGAAGGAGAAGGAGCGGCACUUCUUGGAGGAGCUGAAAUGCCGCAGCCACAGGAGCACAGCGCUGAACAACGAGCUGCAGAAACAGACUGAAGCUGCCGCCUACCUGUCCUUCCAGCUGCACGCUGCCCGACAGAAGCUGCAGCAGCAGAGAAGAAAGCAGGCGGCUCUGGAGAAGCUUCCUCCUUCCAUUGCAGAGAAACCCUCCACACACAGCCACAGCCAGCCUCAACCAAUCCCCAGCGUCAAACCCAAGCGUCGCAGCGGCUCCAGACCGUCCUCGCACUUCCGGACCGAACGAGCCAGAGAGUGUGUGCCCAGAGAGAGGGUGACGGGCCCAGAGGAACCCAUGGCCAUGCCUGACCCCGCGCUCUUCCUCCACCCACGCAGAAAAGCUGCUCGGCCAAGGCAGCUACACACACACACUCUGCAGGGGGCAGAUGGUGGAGACCAGUCGGACGAACCUGAUCAGGGAGACUCUGCGAGCAGGCUAGUCCCCGCAGCCACAGUAGCAACAGCGGCUGCAGCUGCUGCUGAGGGCAAGGCGGAGUGACCCCACCCUCCUUCUGAUUAACUGUCAGUACCAAUUGGAUGAACUGCCUGCUUCUUUUGAUGCUGUUUACCUCUGUCAGCUGACCCAGACAAGCUUUCUCUGUCUGAGGCAGUGGUAGACAUGUUUUUCUAUAUUUGCAAUGUGAUUUAUUUACACUGGAUUUACACUUACAGUUUUAAAAGAACAGUUCUGUGAAGCAGCAAAUAUACACAGUUUCCUUCCUUACCCCAAAUGUAGUUGAUCAGCUAAAGCCCUUAGACAGGACUAAUUAAACCUAGGAAGGUGGGAUAAUGUAAUUUUUACCAGUUUAUUUUGACUAUGGCAUAUCAGUCAUUAAUUGAUCCCACUGAGCCACAGAGAUCUGUUUGUUGGCGGAGUGAUUUCAGGCAAUCAGAGCGCUUUAUUUUCACCCCACCACUGCUGUUGUGUUGUUUUUUGUAUGUCUGGUUGGCACAAACGCUAAUAGAGCAAGCUAACUACUGAGCAAUCCGGUUCCUUUUAUCCACACUUAAUUUUCCUCCAAACUGUUAAGACUGCACACACUGCUGUGUGGGCACGCAAACACACAGUUUAUGGCACGUUUCCGUGAUACAAUAUGUAUUUUUCACUAUUAAAACGUUCAGUUAAACAUAAUAAUUCAGCACAUUACAAUAUUCUAUUUUUUCAAAGCAUCAAAACUACCCUGAGAUACCAAAUACAGUAGAAAUACUCUAGUGUGCCAUGCCUAAACCAUACAAUAUUAUUACGAUAACCCUCCCAAAAACCAAGGGAGGGUUUUAAUACCAGCAUUAAAAGAAAUAUAAAUAACCUAAGCUCAUAUUAAUCUUGUGUGAAUCUAAAAGUGAGUCUACAAGGAGUUUGAGAGCUUUUCUGCAGCACAGAGGUGCUCACAGAGACAUUUUAGUUUCAUGUAAAUGGUUCAGGUCUGAAGCAAGCUUCAGGGUUGCUUAAAUACAGAAAACGAGUGAAUCACACAUCACAACUCCAAAUUUUACAGACUUCCUGUAGUGAAAUUACACUACUCCACCUCACCAGGUAAAUCUAAUCCUGUCUGAAUAGGGCUUAAGACAAAAAUAUGUUUUGUGUCUGAGGUUUGCAUCUUUCCUUCAGCACUUGGAGCUGGAAUAAUCUCUAAUAGAUAUUACAUAGUUCCUUGAUCUGUGAAACAUUUCUAUUCCGACUUCAGUUGUUCCAGAGAGGCCUCUUUCCCAGUUUAUUGUUUAGGUCAGACUCAUCAGUAUGCAACUAUUGCAGUGUAUACAACAAGCAUACUUCUUAGCUGCUCAGCAAUAACAAACACCCUUUAGUACCAAACAAAUUUACUCUGACAAGGCAGGUGUCAUGGAAGAGGUGUCCCAUAACUUUUGUCAUGUCCCAUAGAAACUAAAGAAUGCUGUAAUGGCCUGCAUAAUAUGCAUGUGAGGUCUCCUGCAUUGAAUGUGGAUGUGAUUUUUGCUUGGAUGUGAGGCACAGUUCUAGCCAGACACUGCUGCUCACAAUCAUUACCGCCCCACUGCACUGCCCAGUGUGGGUAGUAAUGCCGUCCGUGAUGUAUUCCUCGUACAGACAUGAUACUGUGGAUCAAGUGGGUACAUUUAUUUAAGCUUUCAGAAAUGUGAGGGACGUGAGACACCGAACCUUCCUACACUAGGGGUAAGGAUAAAAUUGUGCCAGUUUAAUUAUUCACUUAAACUUUAAGUUUAUUAAUGGAAUGAAGAUUCUUUGCUUUUGUUCUUGUUGCUCGAAACAUUUGUGCAUUUGUAUGGCCAUGGUACACAGGUCGACCGUGGUUGUGCCUUGCUUUAGGAAGGACAGCCAUAGGGCAGCUCGUACUCGUCCGUAUGGAAGCAGUUCCUUUGUCUUUCGCUUUCUUGCUUCGACAGUUUGACGUGAUUAUUUCUUAUUUGUACGCUCCUGCUUUUGGGCACACCUGUUUUCAGGUUUUCUGAACAUUCUGUCUUUUUUGUCUUGAAUCACACAUUUCCCCACUUAUCAACACACUCUGUUAUUAACCAUGUGUUAACCACAUUACAGUGCAUGCAGAUCCCUGCAGUUUCAUUAACAGGUAAUGUCUGUUUUUGUGUAUUAUUAUUGAAUCGAUACAGCGCAAUUUGAAAGCUAUGGAUUUUGGACUAGACAGAGGGUUUCAGGGCUGUUUAUAGGGUUUAGUUUUUAAGUACAGUUUGUAAAAGUGUGGGUCUGUGGUUGUGACUAAAAUGGAUCCCUACCGCCCUCAUCAGUUUAGUGCUAAAUAGAGAAGGGCUGUUUGCUUUACUAAGUAUCGUUAUAAACACAAAUUACUUCAAAAAUUUUAUUUAUCAUUGGCCCCCUCAUCAGAAUCAGCAGGGUCUGAUGUUCACAUAAUUGUGGAACUGAGGCUUAAAAUGGAUUUAAAUUAUGAAGAUAAAAAUGUGAAACAAAAAUGAGGUUCCUUCCACUGUCGUUUCCACUGUCACAAUGCAUUUUGAUAUAUUGUUCAUCAAACACUUUGACAGUAUGACGGUAAUGAAAAUGGGCUCUCUUCCCAGACUUUCUGCCAGACCAAACACCAGACACUGUGUAAAUGUACGAAUUGUUGUGCUUUAUUGACUAGAAAUGGGAAAUAUGGCUUCAGGACUGGUCAUAUGCCAAAAUACCAAAUUAAUAAACUACUAACUAAACCUGAAACAAAGAAAACAAGGUGCACAAAAACUACCCUAACUCCCUGCUGCAAAACAGGAGAAAAGGUACCAAACAGAAUGGCACUCACCCCAUACUUUUACCCAACUAAAUGAGAAAACUGUAAGAAAAUUAAAAAGCAAGAGAACCAGAGGCACUAAAAAAAUGGAGCUACCACGUGUGUAAACAUAUCUCCCUGGUCAGGCUUUUUUUUUUAUAAAGAGGGCCCCUGGUGUCCAAUUGUGAACUUGCAUCUACAGAAAGACAACACAAACAGCACAAGCAGGCACAGAAAAUGGGUCUUAACAAUACUUAUGAUGUGUGACUGCUAAUGAUAUUCAUAAAUGAUGUUUAAUACAACUGUAUACGUCUUCUUUAAUGGACCAAUAUUUCACAUUUGUCUGCUAUUUUAGAUUGAUAUCUGAUCUCCACUUAUACAGUUUGUGUGGUAUUACCUUUCCCUACCACUCUGUAUCUGUAAACAGGCUGUUUUCUGCUCAUGUGAAUGGACGGAGCCAAACUGCAGUAGACUGAAUAGAUGGAAAUAUGUCAAUCAUGAUGUUUUUGUGACAUCAGAGAAACAGAUGACCGCUUUUACAGCUUAAUUUCAUCAUCUGGUCUUUGUGGACUGGGUUGUAAAUGACAUGUUUUACAUAUAGUUUACUUUUAAUGUGUGUUUUUUUUAAGCUGCUUUAAAAUCAAAUUAAGUAUCAAAUAUAAUCAUCAAACCUAACCCCAGUCCAUGAUGUACUGAAAGAGCUGGUCAUUUGCUUGUAUGUACUGCUGAAAAGGUAAACAGCUAUAAAGGCCAGACUACAGCUACUCUCAGUCCCUCUAGUAAGCAACUAAAAAAAAGCAUUCCCUCCAAAGCAGAGAGAUUCUAAAGCUUAUCUCUUGACAUUGAUUUGAGUCAUGUCCAAGUACUGUCCUUUCUCAACCACUGGAUGGCUCUAUUGUAUGACUUGCACUGCUGCAUGGUGUUGUGCAGUAUCUUUGCUGCAUAGAUGAUGAGAACAUGUGACACUUUUUGUGAAAAACGUUUACAAAGACAGAUAUCCAUUCUUACACACAUCCUUUCCUAAUGUAAUUUAGUCCAUGACAAGGCCAGUUCAGAGACAUUCAGUGGGAAUUCAGCUGUUUGCAGAGGUGGAUAGAGCAGCUAAAGUAAUGGGAUUGUUGCUUUAAUUAAAUAAUUAUUAAAGUAAGAGUAGUUUUUUAAAAAAGUAGGGGUACAAGAGUACUGAGUACCUUAUAGAAACAGAAUGUCUUAGUAUUAUUAGGUUUGCACAUUGGACAAACUAUAUUAUCCAGUUCAUAUUUGUCUUUUUUACUUGUCUUUGGUCUUUUUAUUUAGACAUUUAGUUGUUUAUUUGCCAAUGGGAAUGAAUGGGGUGCAAAAGUGACACGAUUACAUGAUGAUAAAAAUAAACUAGUAAAACUAGCUAAGCUUGCGGGGUACCAGAGCAACCACUUCGCAACUCCAUAACAUCCCACACUGUAGCAACUGUAGCAACCAUAUAGCUUACACUUUGCAACACCAUAGUAACCACUUUGGAUACCAUUGCAACCAUCUAUCUGCACCAUAGCAAAUCUCUCUUAGCAAUAACAAACAAUCUUAUAGCAACUCCCUAGCAUCCCCACAGCAACCAUCAUUGCAUCCAUAUAGCAACCACUUAGCAGCACCAUACUAACCACAUGGGACACAAUUGCAAACAUCUAGCAACACCAUUACAACCUCUGAUAGUAACUGCCUUGCAACUUAGCAACAGCUAACCCUAUAAAUGACACUGCAACACCCCAGCAAUUUUAUGUAAGUGGGAACCAUUUAAGCUACACAUCCAUUCAGCAUUUCCUUUUCUUUCUUUCUUUAUUUUUUCACUCCAUUGUUUUAAAAUCAAACAUUAAGACUCUGAUGUAAGAGGUGUGAUCGGUCAUAGGCUGUGUCCCAACUGUGUACUAAUUACUAAUACUGACUAGUUAUUGAGUAUGUAGUGUAGAUAAAAAUGUUAGAAUUUUAUACUAAUAUAGUAUAUAACUUAUAAUGUAGUAUGCAGUUGGGAUGCAGAUAUAUUUUUGGUUACACAGAAAAAUGGUAUAGAUGAUUAAAAAUAACUUCUAAAAUGUAACUUUUUUUAAUAUUACUGUACAUGUCACUAGUUGCUACCCACCUCUGGCCAUCUGAAAGAUCGUUAUAACCCCAGUCCGGUGAUUGUGGCUCUGUUCAGAUUCUUGCUAUUUAGGUUUAGUGAAUGUACAUGCACUAGUAUUGUAUCAGUGCAGAGAUUGCGCAGGUUGUGCUUUACUGUAUGGAAGAAAAACUGCAUAAUAAUCAAAUUGACAACUAUCAUAAUACAUUAUGUAUAUACAUUAAGUUUAUUUUAUGAGGUGUUUGUAUCAUCUGUACCUUUUUCAUUUUGUUUUUUUUAUUUAUUCAUUGAUUGAUUGAUUAAUUUAUCAAUGUUUUAGAGCUUCUACUGUGAUAUUAACCUUCCAGAGUUUGUAGUAAGAGAUAUGCAAGAGGCUUUACUGGCCUUUACUGUCCCUAGUGGCAGCAUACUGUAUAAAAUUAUAAUCAGCUUUCUAAUAUACUCCUUUUUCCACAUUUAUCAAAAACAAACUAACAAAGAAAGAAAAAAAUCUUCAGCACGGCUGUGUUGGUGUUGUCUUGGUGUGAUUCUUCCUGAUAGCGCGAGGGAUUUCUUGGUCGAAAGAGUUUUUAGAUCUAAAGAGUUUCCUCCAUAAUGAGAAAUUGAGAAUCGUCUGUCUUCCCUACUCAGAGUGAUAAAACCAUCUGACUGUUACACAACAUAGAGCAAUUUUGAGCUGAGUUGUUUCAGCAGGAGCAGGUUAGUGCUGAGCUGUGCUUACAACCAAAUUAUGUUCGCAAAGUCUUAAAAACCAGUUACCUGUGACCUGCUUAGUCUCUUGAGUGUCAUGAGAUGUUAAGCACCAAAAUGUUGUUGCAAUAAUCCACUGUAUCCUCUGUGGCUCAUGAUUAAAGCGUUCUUAUCCUA